AUGUCGACUCCCAAGGCGCGCAAGUUCGUCAAAGUGGGUGGCAAUGUAGGUAUGCUCACGGGACGCCGUAACCGCCAAGAGACAAUGUUAUCUAUCCGUAAAUCCAAGAAGGAAGAUGCUUAUGCUACACGCCGUAACCUCAAAGCAAAUCAUCCAUCGGCAGCCGCACAGACCGCAAGUCGCAAGGAACUUUUACUCAAUUUGGCCUCUCGAUCUCAGGCUUUACUAUUAGGCAUCCAACGUCCAGACGCGCUGACGAGACAAAAGUCUGUGCGUGCCUUUGUAUACUUGCUGUCGAGUGGCGUACCGCCGCUCUUUGACGAGAACGACUCACAACAUGAAGGUCUAUGGUGCACCAUCUUGGCUGCGUUGCCUUCUUUUGUGGCUAUUUUGAACGAGAACUUGUCGGACGUCAUUGCAGUGCAGCUGCAUUCGGACGCGGCCUUUGCGCUACGAUUCAUUUCAUCUAUGGACAAGGCUAAUGCUGUGAUUGCAUCGGGUGCAGUCCCGAAGCUUGUACAACUGUUUCAGUCUGGUAUCUCAGAGCUGCAGAUUCAGGCUGCUUGGUGUCUAGGCAACAUUGCGUCCGCGUCUGCUGAAUGCUGCGAGGAGAUCGUGAAAUUGUGUCCACCUAGUAUGGUGCUGCCUCAUAUUCGGAUGGCUACACCGGCUCUUCGUCGCGCGGCAGUGUGGUUGUUGCGCAGUCUUGUAGAGUUUCCAGAUGUGAUGGAUAAGAGUGGCGUGAUGGUACCAAACACGAAGCGAGAGAUGAUGGAGGUGUUGUCGAGUAUUAUCUUGCAACUAUCGAAUGAAAAAGUAAGUAACUUUGUCUCAGCGAAUGGUCAAGAUGGCGACGCGAUCAAGUUUAAAAAGACAGCGGCCAUUGCCCCGUGGCGAAUCUUUGAGAUUAACACGGGCAAGCCUGCUCCAAACGAUAUUGCUGUCGUCCGGUUUGUGCGCGAAGUGGAUGCUGCGACCGUGGAGGUCAUGGAUGUUGACGUGAACUUCGAGACUGGCGAGAACAUGGUAUUUCAAGCGAAGAAGGCAGGCAUGCGCCCGCUGCAGGUCAUGGAUGAUGCAAUUGGUGAAGACGAAGACGAGGACGAAGAAACCGAUCUUUUGGAUGAGCAAGUACUCACGUUGUGUGAUAGCUGCUGGGCACUUGUCGAAAUGACAUUGCACGAUACCGACGUUGUUGGUGGUAUUGUUAAUGCAGGUUUGUGUCCCCGACUUGUUGAGCUUCUGUACAUUUCUCAAAGCAGUAUCAUCCUCGCGCCGGUGCUGCGACUACUGGGCAACAUUGUGUCCGCGGAAAUCUCGUUUUCUCAGGCCGUGAUUGAUGCUAAGCUGCUAGAAGUGAUACCGAGCGUGAUGACCACAACCAGUCGAGCGGUGCGCGAAGAAGCGUGCUGGAUGUUGUCGAAUAUUGCUGGUGGACAAGAAGAGCAGGUAGUUGCAAUGAUGAAUGCUCCUGGAGUAAUUGCUGGGUUAGUGGAGCAGAUGUCGUGGGCAGAAUAUGGUGUGAAGCGCGAGGCUACGUGGGCCAUUUGCAACAUCAUUGUGAGAGCAAACAUCGAGUUCGUUAAGGAAGUGGUGCGUAUGGGCGUGCUGCAUUCGUUCUGCCCACUUCUUGACGAGUGGGAAGACCCGAUGGUGGAGUUGGUCAUCUUGGAGGCGAUCGAGAGCUUGUUACAGAAGGAUCUACAGGAAGGCCGCAUAGCAGUCGAGGAAAGCGGGUGUCUGGCAAAGAUAGAGGAGCUGUCGUACGACCAGAACGACGAUGUUAGCAGCAUGGCGUCGCAGUUGAUAGACACAUGGUUUGAUAGCGAGGUCGAUGAGACCGACUCAAUGCUAGCGCCGGCCGUGGUGCGGUCAGAGCAGACCGGCGAGAAGCUCAACUUCCAACCGGUGCAAGGUGACGUCCAAUUCAACUUUAACCAGAGUUAA